UUGAAAAUAACAAUAAACUUCUUUAGAUUAUUUUUGAAGUGCCAACACUUUAAUUGACAAUCCCUAAACUUACAAAGGAUUUCCUUAACAUUCAACAAAAUGAAGUCUCAGAUAAAUGACGUAAAAACCUGUAUCGAUAUGUCUCUAAAAGUUAUACGUAUGUACGAUUGGUUGCUGGAUUUAUAUGUAUUGGAUUUCUUUGUAGACAAUCACUGGUAUAGGCUUCCGAAAUCUUGGCAAAAGAAUCUUGAUGAAAUUGCCUUGGAACAAUUGGGAAAUAUAUUAUCAGAAAAACCAACCAAUCAUAUCUUUCCAUUGUCAUUGCUAGCUUUAAUCGCCACUGUAAAGGCAUUGGGCCUACCACGAAAAAACAGCAAAACUAUAAAAAAAGAUGUUACACAAAUCGCAGACCAAUGCGGUACUUAUAGCAAAAUAAAAAAUCUAUUCUUGAAACAUGUUAAAUUGAAGAAGCGGCAUGAAGUCAGUGUAAUGGCUGAAAUAGUUACUGAUGUUGCAUUGAAAUCAAGAUGUAAUGCAGUUAUAGACUUUGGUUCAGGUCUCGGUCAUUUAGUGAGGAUGUUGGCAUAUAAGAACAAGUUGUAUACUGCAGGCAUUGAGUGUCAAAAGCAACUGACGGAGGAGGCUAGAAAACUAGAUCUUGAAUUUGAAUACACUGCAAGAAAAUACACUAAAGAAGAGUUUACACCUAAUCUACAUCGGCCCAUACAUUAUAACAUCUCAUUAUCCAGUCAUGAGCAACUUCAACAUCUGCCUUUACCGACUCAUAUGACAAACUAUGGAUUGAUUGGGCUCCAUCCAUGUGGAGAUUUAGGCCUUUUACUCUUAAAACACUUCAUAUGUUCCGAUCAGGUGAAAUUCAUAUGUGUUGUAGGCUGUUGUUAUACAAAGUUAACAGCAGAAGGAUAUCCAAUAAGCAACUAUGUUAAAGAAUUAAAAGGUGAUCUGUCUUUUGUGAGCAGAGAGAUUGCUUGUCACGCUAUCGAAAUGUACUCUGAGAGAUUGAGGCAAGGACUUUAUGAAGAUUUAAAGGUUCACGCAUACAGAGCAGCUCUGGAGAAGAUAUUAGUUGAACAUAAUCCCAAAUUGAAACACGCUCCAGUUAGGAGUUUGAAACACACCCAAGAUUUGAGUUUUGAAAAAUACUGUUCGUUGGCGGUUGAGAAGCUGUGCUUGCGUUGGCCGCUGCCGGACGUGUCGGCGCGGGACGUGUCGGCGGGCGAGGUGUCGGCGCGGGACGUGUCGGUGCAGGGCGUGUCGGCGCGGGACGUGUCGGCGCGGGACGUGUCGGCGCGGGACGUGUCGGCGUGCGGCGUGUCGGCGGGCGCAGAGAAGGUGCGCGAGUGGCGGCGCGUGGUGGUGGUGUACACGCUGCGGCUGGCGCUGGCGCCGCUGGUCGAGACCGUGCUUUUGUUGGACAGACUGCUCUUUGUCUUGGAACACGGUUUGUCCUGUGAGAUCCGUCCGAUUUUCGACCCGAAGUUGUCUCCAAGGAAUCACGUGAUAAUUGCAACAAAACCUAAUUAGAAUGGAGUCAACAGUUCGGGUCGCCGAAUAUUAGUUAGGCCGAAUAUAAAUUAAAAUAGAUUUUUAUUUAAAAAAAAACAUAUUUUUUAACAUGUGAUGUCUUUCAAUAUCUAUCUAUCUAUUAAUGUUAUUAAAUAUUUCAUUAUUUUCUAGAUAUUAUUG